UCCUCUCUGCAGUCUGCUCUCUCCAUCUGUUCUUUCCUUUUCCUGUAUUUUUUUUUCCUCCGAAUCAAAAAAGAAAAGAAAACAUAGAAACAGAGGCCGAAGCAAUAAAAUUUGAAAGAUUUAGGGCUUCGAAUUUUGCUCUGAUUUUGGUUCGUCAUUGUUCGGGUUGCUUUCCCACGUCUAGCAUUUCUCAUGCACAUGCUCUCCGCUCUGCCUUCGAUUCCAUGUUCUGAUCUGCGAGACUCGGACUCAAUCGGCCCGUGCUGUUUAAUCCACCAAGAUGGCGUCGGCGCAGAACCAAGGGCCGAAUGUGGAUCUCUUCGAUGCAUAUUUUCUUCGAGCCGAUUUAGACCGUGAUGGACGAAUCAGCGGCUCUGAAGCCGUGGGCUUCUUCCAAGGCUCCGGUUUGCCUAAGCAGGUUCUUGCGCAGGUAUGGGCAAUUGCCAACCAGAGCCAGAGUGGUUUCCUUGGUCGGGCAGAGUUCUAUAAUGCCCUUAAACUUGUAACUGUGGCACAAAGUAAGCGAGACCUAACCCCCGAAAUAGUAAAGGCAGCAUUAUAUGGCCCAGCUUCAGCUAAAAUACCUGCACCACAGAUCAAUUUGACUGCCACUGCUGCACCUCAGCUCAAUUCCACUGUAGCAGCACCUAGACCUCAGAUUGGUGCUGUUCCUCCAAUGUCCUCCCUCAAUGUUGCGAUCAGAGGACCACAAGUACCUCCAAAUGUGGUUAUGAACCAGCAGCAUUUUCCUUCACAAGGAAGUCAGUUGUUGAGGCCUCCACAAGUAUUACCUAGUGGAGGUGCUGUGAGUGGACCCCGCCCUCCGAACUCAAGCAGCUCAAGUGGCUGGGUAGGUGGAACGACAGGUGCAGCUUCACUAGGAGCAGCCUCACAAGUAUCAGCCAGUGGGAUAGGUCCCUCAACAACUCGUGAUGAAUUUGGGCUGGCAGCAUCUGGAUCAAAUGCUGCAUUACCACCUAGACCACAGGAAACAUCUGGAAUGAAGCCAUCGGGAACACCAGCUAAGGACUCUAAAGGACUGAAUAUAUCUGGAAAUGGAUUUUCUUCUGACUCUAUUUUCGGAGGUGAUGUCUUUUCUGCUACGCCAUCUCAAUCAAAGCAAGAUUCUUCUGCACAUACAACUUCUGCAGGCAAUUUGCAGGUCUCUUCAAUUGUCGUUCCAGUAUCUGCUGGUACCCAGCCUUCUAUUAGGCCAAAUGCCUUUGAUUCUUUGCAGGGUUCACUCACAAUGCAACCUGUUGGUGGUCAGCUUCAGCAGGCCCGGUCACAUGAGAAUCAGAACCAGAAGGUCUCAACACAGACUACUACUGCAUCUAAUUCAUCUGGAAUAUCACUUGGAGCUGAGAGUUCUGCUUCCAGUCAAUCCCAGCUGGCAUGGCCUAGGAUGACUCAGACUGAUGUUCAGAAGUAUACCAAAGUGUUCAUUGAAGUAGACAGAGACAGAGAUGGGAAAAUCACUGGUGGAGAAGCCCGGAAUUUAUUUCUGAGUUGGCGACUGCCAAGAGAGAUUUUAAAGCAGGUGUGGGACUUAUCUGAUCAGGAUAAUGAUAGCAUGCUUUCUCUUGGGGAGUUCUGUAUUGCUCUUUAUUUGAUGGAGAGGUAUAGGGAAGGACGUCCUCUUCCAGCAGUGCUUCCAAGCAAUAUUAUGUUUUCAUUGACCCCCGGUCAAUCUGUGACCAACUACACCAACACAACAUGGCGACCUCCAUCCGGUCCUCAACAACAGCAUGGGAUUCCCGGUUCUGGCGCUCGGAAUAUAACUGCUGUUGCAGCUAGACCUCCAAGGCCACCAGUUGCAGUCCCCCAGGCUGAAGGGUCAGAGGCCAAUCUGCAGAAGUCAAAAGUACCAGUGCUGGAGAAGCACCUUGUAAAUCAGCUAAGUAAGGAGGAGCAGAACUCGCUCAAUUCAAAGUUCGAAGAAGCGACAGAGGCUGAUAAAAAGGUAGAAGAGCUGGAGAAAGAAUUGUUGGAAUCUAGACAGAAAAUUGAGUUUUAUCGUGUUAAAAUGCAGGAACUUGUUCUAUACAAGAGCAGAUGUGAUAAUCGCCUUAACGAGAUCAUAGAAAGGACAUCUGCCGAUAAACGUGAGGUCGAAUCCCUAGCCAAGAAAUAUGAAGACAAAUACAAGCAAGUUGGUGAUGUAGCCUCUAAAUUAACCCUCGGAGAAGCUACAUUUCGUGAUUUACAGGAGAAGAAAAUGGAGCUAUAUCAGGCAAUUGUCAAGAUGGAACAAGAUGGUAGUGCAGAUGGUGUUCUCCAGGUUCGUGCCGAUCAUAUCCAAUCAGACCUUGAUGAGCUAGUGAAAGCUCUUAAUGGGCGUUGCAAGAAAUAUGGUUUACAUGCGAAACCAGCAACAUUAACUGAGCUUCCCUUUGGCUGGCAACCUGGCAUCCAAGAGGGUGCUGCUGACUGGGAUCAAGAUUGGGAUAAGUUUGAAGAUGAAGGGUUCACUUCUGUCAAGGAGCUUACUCUUGAUGUCCAAAAUGUCAUAGCCCCUCCAAGGGAGAAAUUUAAAUCAGCUAGGGAUGAAAAAGCCUCCACAAUUGAGAGCCCGACUGCUGCUGCUUCACCUAGUGAUGAUACCAAGUCGGAAAAGCCACAGAUUAUGAAUGAACAUGGGGUUGAAAAUGGGUCAGCGUAUAAUAAAGGUGAAGAUGACUUUGCAAAAAGUACUCCUAUCAGCCCUGUAGCAAGGAGUGCUAUUGAAAGUCCACCUAGAGAAUUUCCAGAUUUUAACUUUGACAAGGCAAUGGAUGCCGAUGCUUCACCGCGUGAUAAAGAUUAUCAAAGCGAUCAUGGGGGUGCUGGGUCUGUGUUUUCUGGUGAUAAGAGUUUUGAUGAACCAACUUGGGGAACAUUUGACGCUAAUGAUGAUGUGGACUCAGUGUGGGGCCUUAAUCCAGUCAGUACUUCCAAGGGGACGGACCAAGAAAGAAAUGGGGAGAACUAUUUCUUUGGAUCUGGGGAUUUUGGUCUAAACCCUAUCAGAACGGAGUCACCUCAGGCAGGAGGAGGCUUUUUCCAGAAGAAGAGUGCAUUUAGUUUUGAUGAUUCAGUUCCUAGCACACCACUCUUCAGUUCAGGCAAUUCACCGCAUUACUACGAGGCGUCAGGACCCUCUUUUGACAGCUUCUCAAGAUUUGAUUCUUUCAGCUCACACGACACUGGAUUUUUAGCCCCGCGGGAGACACUAGCACGCUUUGAUUCAGUUCGCAGCAGUAGAGACAAUGAUCAGGGUCAUGGAUUCCCAUCAUUUGACGACUCGGACCCUUUUGGAUCCGAGCCAUUUAGAACGUCAUUGGAGAGUCAAACUCCUAAGAGAACCUUAGAUAAUUGGAGUGCGUUUUAGCUGUGGGUGGUAAUGCACCUUAUUCGUGUGGUUUACUAUCUUCUUCUGAGUGCUGUUUGUUCACGAUACUAUCUUUGGAGUGGUUUGUCUUAGUAUGCUGUGCUUUGCAACCACCAAUUGCUUGUAAUGUAGUGUUUUUUGUAUUUC